CUAAGGGGUCCUAUGUCUGGAAGGCAGCAAACAAGGGCAUUGACGUGUGCGGUGAACACCAGACUCAGUGAGGCACUCACACACCUUCUGAGAAAUCUGUCGAGAACAAGAGACGGGAGCCAACAGAAGAAAUCAUCAUUUAAUCUGCACACGCACACAUGACCAGGGGAGGCACACGAGCACACACACGGCGACACAGUGUAUCAUGCGUUCAUUCCUGCACAUCAUCCACACCUCACACCAUCACCACAGUCAACAGACAUGACGCACACUGCCACACACAUCUACUGACCUGACGGAGGCCUUUUUGAUGAGAGAACAACGGGGCGCACUCCGCUGACGCCAGGCGGCCGCCAGCCACUCCACACAAGGCAGGGCACCGCCAGGUGAGGUCUCACCCGGGGCACGGCGGUGGAGGAGAAAGGUGGCCCAUAACAU